CCGCCUGGCAGUCAACUACGUGAAUGGUUUUCCGCUUUUCCGUCGUUUUCCGUCGCCGUAAAAUAUCAGAAACAGCCUUUGUUGGGUAUAUGUUACCUUCUUGUCAGCUCUGCUGCGAACACAACACUCUAUUGUAGUGCACAAAAUAUUUUAUCGUAAGACAACUAAGCUCAACAAGUCUUGACCAAAAUAUUUUUGGCGGUGCUGCAAGAGGGGCUUCAGCUGCAUCGUGAAUCUCCAGUUUUGCGAUCUCCUCUGACCAUAGUAGAGCACAAUAGGACGUCUCUUAUCGAAAAACAACGCUGUGUCUUGGACAAUAUUAUUCUCUCUUAGCUUAACGUAUGUUCUGUGAUGGAGUACGCCGCACGUGAAGAACCACAAGGGGCUGUGGGACCCGUUUUGGAUCAAGGAGCAGCCCAGUAUUCAUACAUGGGAGAAGAUGAACUUCCAGAUGUUAGGAAUUCACAAUCUCCUGAUGGAGCAAAAGAUAAAAGGAAUGGCUCCAGAACAGGGAAACCAAGGUCAGCUCGUGGUAACAGGCAACCAAGAGACCAUGAUUAUUGCAUCAGGGUUCUUGUUCCAUCCACUAUGGUGGGAGCUAUUAUUGGUAAAGAAGGAAAGAAGAUAAAGGAUCUCACUGAUAAAACAGGAACAGACAUCACAGUGCACAAGAAAGAUGACAAGGGUCCUCCCGAAAAGGUGGUGGAGAUUGUUGGGACAGCAGAGCAGUGUACUGAAGCCAACCUUGGCAUUCACAGGACUAUGCGUGCAGAAACUGAUCCUGCAAAAAGAGGCCAAGUCAUUGAGAUGCGAAUUUUGGUUCAUAGUAGCAUUGCUGGAAGAGUGAUAGGUAGAGGUCAUUGCCACCUUAAACAUAUUACUGAAGAUGUAGAAGUUACCUCUGUUCGAGCAAAAAGGGGAGACAUCAAUCCAUUAAACCAAAUGGAUAGAGUAAUAACAAUACAGUUUCAACUGCCAACAGAGCAGCUAGCCAUAUCUGAGGAUACUAUGCUAAACCCAGAAGAAGAGGAAGCACUUUCAAAAUGUAGUCAAGCUGAACACUUAGUUAGUGUCAAAGCAUAUAGUUGCCUCAGAGAGAUCAUGUCACAGCAACAACAGCGCCCAAAUGUACAGCAACAGUUUAUGCCUCCCCAUGCACAGGGUCCUUGGCCUCAAAUGGGAGCACCCUCUUAUAGCAACCCACAGCCUACCCAUCCUUUUCCUUCAUGGUUUCAAGGAGCAUUUGGAAACGUCUUUCAGGGUUAUAUGAAUGUGGCCCAGAUGGGAGUUAAAGUUCACUUGUCAUUUCCAUCCAAGUUUGCCGGCUCCUUGAUUGGCAAAAAGGCUUCAAAUCUUCACCACAUAAAGAAUUUCAGUGGAGCUCAUAAAGUGCAUGUGUUUCCUAAAGAUCGUGAUGCACCUGAGAGAUAUGUUGAGAUCAUAGGCACUCCUUUGCAGCAGUACCUAGCUCAACACUGUGUUUAUUGUAAGCUUGCAGAGGAAGGUUACAAAACAAAUUCAGGGGAAAAUUUUGGCGAACUAAAAUUGAAAAUAGAAAUUUUCAUACCUCUCAAACCAGGAAGUAAGGAUCAGCCCAAUGUAAUAGGCAGAUUUAUUGGUAGAGAUGGCCAAAAUGUUAAAGAACUGCAAAGACAAACAGGAGUACGCAUUAAAGUUGUUUCAACUAGUGAAGAUACUGAUAGUAAUGAGGCAAUUAUAGUUAUUGAAGAAAGCUUUGCCAGUGGCCAGCGUGCUCAGAUGCAAAUUCUUGAUGCCAUAGUUCGAUGUCAAUCUCCCCCACCAAGGAGGCAACAGGUGCCUUACAGCUGAAAGUGACUCAAGGCUAGGAAAUGUGCACAUUCACUGUAUCUUUCAUAUGUUCACUCUGCUCACAGCAUCUUGUAUUCUAUUGUGAUCUGUUAUGGUGAAGCUUACCAGGUGUAUUGUUGGUAUAAGCUGCUGGUCACCAGUGAGACACUGAGCACCUUACUUCGAAAACUAAUGGAUAUGACGUAAUCAAUCUUGAACCUUUGUAGUAUUUAAUGCAAUGCCAUGUAAUCUUGAAGUCAUGUGUGCCACUAAUCAUAUGUGAAAAUACUUUUUCUCACACUUUGUGGCAAGUGUUUCAGGCAAGCUUCUUUGAUGUGUAAUUGGGAAUUUCUUCAGGAGUUAAUUUUAGGCCAUUCCACACCCCAGUCUAGAUUAAAUUCCUAUGCAUGUUUGUACCUUUUAUAGUAUUUUAACAUUUAAGUUGCUCAGGCCCUUUUUUUUUUUUUUCCUUUUUUUGCUUUAAGUAGCUUUAAGUAGAUUGCCGAUAAAGGUUGUAAUUUUUAAGGAAUAUUUUAGGCAUGCUUGCUGUUGCCUUUUCACCCUGAAAGGGGAAGUAGUUGUUUUUCCUUCAAAUGGGAUAAGUGACGGCUUCUGGUUUGUCAGCCUUUGCAAUUAGUUUCUUUGUGGGGUUUUGUCCUUGUCACUUCAUAAUUGGUUUAAUUAUUAAUUGCUCACAGAACAGCAUCAAUCCUAACACCGUGUUUAUUUCAGUCUAAGUUGGAGAUAGAUAAAAGCUUUUGUUUUUCAUACGUGGAUUUAAUUCUUAGCUUCUCCAUAUCACUGAACAGUGAACAGUCAGUUGAAAUACAUGUAUUGCUAUUGGCCUUUGCUAGCUUCUCUUAACUCAAAAGAGUUUGUCGAAAGACUGGACAGUGCUUGGGUGGGGUUAUAAUUGAAUGAUUGUAAUUUUAACUACUGUGUAGUUUAAGUGACGGUGACCCAAAGCUGGCUGAGGGACUCAACACGUGGUAGCAUUGAUACUACUCUCCUACUGUACACCAUUUUCAUGGUACUUAUCUGGGAUUAUUAUUGAUGGACCAUAUACGCCCAUAUUUUUCUCCAGAUUAAAUUAUUUUGA